GAUGCGGUCUCACAACGACUCAAAGCCUUGAACGAUCAAUGGGAGCUGUUGGUGAAAACAACGUCAGAGAAGAGUUGUCGCCUAAAGGAAGCAAAUAAGCAGAAAAGUUUCAUGGCUGGCGUUAAAGAUCUGGAGUUUUGGCUGGGAGAAGUUGAAACACUGCUUGCUUCCGAGGAUUACGGCAAAGAUUUAUCAUCAAUCGAAAAUCUUCUCAAGAAACACCAGCUGCUGGAGGCAGAUAUUACAGCGCAUGCGGAUCGUGUGGGUGAAAUGAAUCAGCAGGCUGAUAGCCUGUUGGAAAGUGGUCAGUUUGAUCAACCGGAAAUUGAAGAGAGACGACGGGCUAUCUGUGAUCGUUAUGAAAGAAUUCGACAACUGGCUGAUGUUCGACGUGAUAAACUGAACAAAGCAAUAACCGUGCAUCAGUUCAUUCGUGACAUUGAUGAUGAGGAAUCGUGGAUUAAGUGA